AUGGAUUCCCCAACCUCUACUGCUGUUUCACCAAUUCUACCUGCCUUCCUGAAUGCCUUCUCUUCAACAUCCCAGAACCCAGACUCACAGCCCCCUGCUCCACGCAGACCUGACAGGUUUUAUAAAGUUCCUGAGAAUUCAUUAAAUGGGUUUGCACUAGUAGUUAGCGCUGAUGGGAUGAUAUUCCAUGCAUCAUCAACAAUUGCAGAUUACUUGGGUUUCCAUCAGACAGAUGUGAUGCACCAAAAUGUAUUUGAUUACAUCCAUGUGGAUGAUCGACAAGAGUUCUGUAGGCAGCUUCACUGGGCAAUGAACCCCCCACAGCUUGUUGGAGGACAUGAUCACCAUUCACAGACAGAAACAGGUGAAGAGUAUAUUCUCAGCAAUUUGUUGAAGUCCCAGGAUUCAGAAGGUGUACCACCAGAGUAUUUGCCCUUCCUAAAUCGCAGCUUUGUUUGCAGAGUCCGUUGCCUACUAGACAGCACAUCUGGUUUCUUGACAAUGCAUUUCCAAGGUCGGUUAAAAUUUCUUUAUGGCCAAAGGAAGAAAACAUCUUCUGGAACCCCCCUACCACCUCAGCUGGCUUUGUUUUGCAUUGUGGCACCAAUUCUGCUCCCACCUUUCACCGAGAUGAAAAUGAAAGGAAUGCUCCUCAGGACCAAACAGAAACCAUGCCUUCAGGCCACAGCAGAUAUUAAGUCAAAAUCAGUGACGGGUUUACUUGAAGCAGAACAGAACAUCAGGAAUGGUUACCACUUCAUCAACUUUACUGACAUGUUACAUAGUGCUGAAAAUCAGAUCAAAUUGGUAAACAGUGGAGAAAAUGGUCUUUCUGUAUUCAGAGUUCGCACAAGCAAUGAUCAGUGGGUGUGGGUACAAGCUAGUAAUCAACGUUUAUACACAAAUGACAAUCCAGACUAUAUGCUUACCCCACAGCAAACUACAAAUGUCAAGGAUGAAGGAGCAAACAUGAAGAAACAAGUUAAUGCGAGUGGAUACAGUGGAGGCCAGGAAGCCCAUCAGUACAACUUCUGCAAUGACAUGAUCAGGAACCCCAAACAUCUUGGAUGGCCCAGAGGAGCAAUCAAAGAGGAGAGUGAUCAGACAUUUGAAACCUGCAGAAGUCAGGACUGCUUUAGCCAUGAUGAACCACUUAACUACUGUAAAUCAUUUCCAGACACACAGAAAGCUUCCACUAGCAGCAGUGCAUGGACACUAAAGACAUACCCAGGUUCUUGUGCCACAAGGGUUUGUCAUCGUAUGAGUACUCUUUCAAACAGAAUGGGAAAACCAUAUUACCGUGCCAACCAUGGCAUUCCACAAAUGACUACUGGUUACCACCAUAAGGAAGGUACAAACCCUGACCAGUCUUUUUCUGAUUUACAACUUCUUAACCUGGAAAAUUGCCCAGUGGAAAAUAUGAAAGGACACAAAGCAUUAGUAUCUCCUGUCAUUUAUUACAACACUGGGAUGCCACAUGAUGUUCCAAUCAAAGCAGAGACAGGAUUAAACUCAAAAAAUGCAACAGACCCUUAUUUAGUUUCUCAAAACCACAUGUGGGUGCGUAAAGAUGAAAUGGGAAGAAGAUGUAUAACUAGUUUCCAAAAAGAAACUCAGCUAAAAGCUGAAGUCACAAUGGGUGCACAGUUGUCACCUUGUCAGAAAGCAAAACUUACAAAUAGUGUUGCACAGCAACAGCACUACCUUACAGGAGCAGACUCCACCAACUGUCCUUCCAUGCACAGAGGGUACAGAGAAGAAUAUAACAAAGGAGAAAUUAAGUUUAAUCUGCAGCAGUUAUCUUACAUGGCAAAUUCCUCCAGUGUUCAGAUCUCAAACAAUUUAAAUGGUUCAUCAUUUGGGCAAACCCUACCAGAAGACAAAAUUUUGAGUAACCAGGCAUGCAAACUACAGAACAAUUUCAAUAUGCACAGUCUUGCCCAGAAUAUCAAGCAAGAACCAUUGGAUUCCCCACCAUGGUCUGACAACAGUCAAGAGGUCAUACAGUCAGACUGUGUUAUGGAAGGCUGUUUGACAAAUCCUGUGACAGAGAAAACAUCAUUUUUAUUUCUACAAUGAACCAGGAUUUUUAUUUUCCAACUUUGGCCUUUAUCAUUUCCAGAGAAAAUGGCAUCUCAGGAACAUUAUGUCAAUAUGAAGGUUUUGAUUUCACAUAAAUGUGAUGCAAGUCAUUGUUUUCUAAUUUAAGCUGGUAUCUGUUUGAUUCUGGUCUAUACAUUAUGUAGUUGGAAGACAGAUCUCAGUGUACCUAAAAGACUGACCCUCUGUUAAUGUUGCUUAGACAUUCAGGCAAGUAAAUCGUGUUAAGUGUUCUAUGGCACUUAAAGGUAAAAUGCAAGAUUGUUGCAUACCUCAUCAAUACUUUGGGGAAAAGGCAGUAAUGUAACUGCUGAAAUGUGCAACGGAGGUAUAUAUGGCCAGUACGCAGUUAACAUAUGUUGAAUGCAGUGGGGGUUCUCCAAAAAGUGAUGAAAUCAGAAGUGCAAAAAAGCAUUUAACCUGGGGGGAUAGGGAUAGGGGGAGCAUACAUCUGUGUGUGUGUGCAUGUCAGUGCCCGGGUCUUACCUUGUCAUAAAUAUUAUGCAUAUGUAAGGGUUAUCAGGACUAGCAAUGAAUUAUGUAUGUACAUGUUGGAAAAUGGUUAUCUCAAGUAACAUCCUUUGCCUUACUGCAGUCUCUGUCUUUCUUUUACAUUACAUCACUUUUUGAUCUUGUAUGAUGCAAAAUCCUCAGAUAUUUAUAAUUUAAGGUACUGCAAUAGGAACUCAUGAUAUUUUAUUUUUAUUCUUUGAUUAUGCUGAGCCUUUUUACUGUUUAAACUAAGUAAUUUAGCUCAGUAUAUAACCCAUCUUUAGUCGGUCGUAGUUACACAGAAUUAGUUUUCUUUCAGGCAUUCACCAGUACACUAAAACUGAUCAUUUUCAGAACUUAUUAGCUUGAACACAGAUAGAUAUGUACCAUACUAUUACUUCUUCUGUCCCUCUCACAUAUGACAGAAAUAACUGCUGCAGCCAACUUCAUUUGCAGUGACAAUAGAUUAUUUAAUAAUGGCAUAUUUUCCCGUCCUAUAUUGCACUUCUUUAAGAAUUAUUAAAUGUAAUUUUACAACUGCAUCUAAAGUCAUGUUAAAAGCAUGUUCCCAAAACCUUAUCUGUUUUUAAAACAGAGUAUUUUGAUUUUAUGCAGUGUGCUCACUGUAAUUUUAUACUUUGCUGCAUCAUUUUAGUAUUUUUGUUAUCAUUCAGUCAACUACUGCUGUAUCUGUCUUCCAUCAUUUUUUGUAGGAACUUAUUUUAAACUUUGCAAAAUCUACCGCUAAGAUCAUUUAGUUGAUUUGAUGUAUAUGUACGCAUGUGCGCACUUGCAUAUAUAUAUAAGACUACAUAUAUACAUAUAUAAUACAGCCAUACUGGUAAACUUACCUUUUCAUCUAAUUGUCUGUGUCUGCUAAGCUUUCAGAAGACUGUGAGCAGCAGGAUUUUGGUAAAGCACAAAACUUAUUCGUGCAUUUACUGUUAUCAUUUUUAGUAUUUGCCUAGUUUGCUUACCAUUCAGUUUUUUUCAUUAUCAGAUUCUGAUUCCCUCUCCUUUGUCUCUCUCCAUCUUCUUGCACUCUGUCUCUUUCUUUCUGUUUUGCAACUUACAUUACCUGUCCCUGUUCCUCUUUUACCUUGAGUAAAAUUUAGCCAGUUUAAUAACCCAACUUCCAUUUCAUGUUUUACUUUGAUUUUAUCUUCCUACAUUUAAUGUUGUGUCUUUCGGCUUUUCCUGGUUAGGGGUCGCCACAGCAGAACU